AAACUAGACUGGGAUUUGAAAGAAGCCGCUGUAGAGAGGUAGAAGUAGACGAAAUGGUUUGUUGGGGUUGAAGAUUUAUAUAGUUACGGAACAUCAUUGACCCGAAAUGGUCCGCGCGGCACAAGUCAGUGCGGGAAAAAAGGAAGGCCAAACAGUGUUGCGGAUUGAACAAGAAGGAGAACGAGACAGCAGUUCUUCUUGAUGGUGGCUUGUUCAUUCAGGCAAGUCCGAAAUGCUAUCUCCGCAACCCUUGAAACCAGCAGUCCCCUCAGCGUCGCUUCUCUGUUACCUACGCUCCCAGUCUGAGAAUACCCAUUUCUUCACAUCAGCAUGCGGAACCGCUCGAAAGCCCCAAGCUCAUAACCAGCCGUCCCGUAUGAUUUGCCUGAGAAAUUCAUCUACGUGGACACGUACUACUCCGCUACGAUGUCGCGCCACGGUGGAUACAAGCAUCCUUCCAGCAUCCACCCUUUCUAGAGGCCGUGGUUCGCCGCGAUGCCGAGCUUCGCCGACUCCAUCUACGACCCCAGUCGUCUUGUUUUCGCGGGCUUCGCAUACAAAGAGCCGCCCAUUACUACGAAGGCUAUUUGAAUUGAGGCGCAACAGGGCGGCUGCGGAUGCUAAACUCAACCGCACUGGCGAACCUACAUUAGUCGAUGAAGGAACGGAGGGCCUGAAUUUCGGACGUGGGUUAGCGGCAAAGGCUUCAAACGAGUUGCGUCUGCGGUGCACUGAGUUUGAUAACAACGGUAAUGUUACGCUUGUCAAUGGAGAGUUUAGGAAGAGUGAGCUCAUUGCAAAGUACGGCCUUCUUCCUCGAGACCUUCGCAAGAUUGACUCUUCGACUUUGCCUCACAUCCUUGUCCGGCCGAGCGCUAUCCUCAUCAACCUCCUACAUCUUCGCGUGCUGAUAAAAGCUGAUCGGGUUUUGGUUUUUGAUGCCUACGGAUCAACCGAUUCAUAUAUGCAGUCGCUGUUCGUAUAUGAUCUUGAGGGAAAGCUGCGCCAGAAACAAACCCAGGGUGCCGGAGCUCUGCCUUAUGAAUUCCGCGCUCUCGAAGCUGUCCUGAUUAGUGUCACGGCUGGUCUUGAGGAAGAAUUCAAUGGGGUCAGGGAGCCCGUGGUGCGAGUUCUUCGAGCUCUAGAAGAGGAUAUCGAUCGGGAUAAGCUCAGGCAUCUGCUCAUCUACUCCAAGAGACUGGGUACUUUUGAGCAGAAAGCUCGGCUAGUGCGGGAUGCAAUUGACGAUUUGUUGGAAGCUGAUGAUGACCUGGCCGCGAUGUACUUGACCGAGCGUGCGGACGGUGUUCAAAGACAGGAACACGACCAUCAAGAAGUUGAGAUGCUUCUGGAGUCGUACCACAAAGUAUGCGAUGAAAUUGUUCAGUCCGGCGGCAACUUGGUGACCGGCAUCCGCAAUACGGAAGAAGUGGUGAAAGCCAUCCUUGAUGCCAAUCGGAACUCGCUCAUGCUCCUUGAUCUCAAAUUCAGUAUUGGCACGCUUGGUCUUGCAACGGGAACCCUUUUCUCUGCUCUGUAUGGUAUGAAUCUUAAAAACUUCAUUGAAGAAUCCGACUUGGGAUUCGGAGCGGUCUCCGUGACAUGUUUCGCCAUCACCGCAGUUGUUUGCGUAUAUGGGCUAGCGAAACUGCGCAAGCUCCAGCGCGUUCGAAUGUGGGGCGAAGCUGGCGCAGGUGGUACACCGAUGGUUCCACUUCCCACUCGGCAUGGCGCACUUACGGGACACCGAUCAAAUUGGCGAGCGGACUCGAUUGAGCCAGUCUGGGGCAGCCUUCCAGGUGAAGGUCGUGCUGAGAGGAUCAGGCGUCUCAAAGAUGGUGCCGCGGCUGUUGCUGCCAAGUCUGGCGCCACUGAGCCUACAGCACAGAGAGCAGCAACCUUGAAGAACGCGGCAAUCUCGCAGCCAAAGCAGGCCGAUGACUGCGCAGCAUAGCAGGGCUCUGCAUAAAACAAGGCUACCUAUACUGGGCAUCAGUACUUCCCUGCUAGGUCCUUCUACAGUUCACAGGCCUGUCUCCGCUCUUGUCGGCUACGACCACUUUGUACUGGUAAUUUGCUAUGACCUUCUAUUACUGACGUUUCUAUCGCAUGGUUAGGUGUUGGGUGGUCUCCUUGCUUUUCGUUUGAUAUCACCUAGACACGCCCUGUUCAAGGGUAUAAUGGUUAGUGUCUAGAGUCUCUCUUCUCAUACUGAUAGACAGGCUUCAGAGUUGUCGGCAAUUCUUGGAGCAAGGAUUUUCUUAAUGUAUUCAUAGACUUAGAUCGCUAGGAAAUGCUCGCCUCUGUGUACAUAUAACACCACUCAAUAUACAAAUCCAUAC